AGAGUUGUUGUGAAGUGCAAAUUCUGCAGACUGCAGAAGAAGCAGCAGCGAGAGAGAGAGAGAGAGCCACCACCACCACUCCUCCCACCUUCUCCUUCACUCUUCCUCUGUCAAAUCUCCUUCAACCCUAAACGACUUCGUUUUCACCCUCUCUCUCUCUCUCUCUCUCUGCUUCCUCUGAUUUCGCUUUCACUGCACCAGAGGAAGAAGCCAUGGACUCGCGCGCACAGUAUAAUCCUCGCACCGUCGAAGAGGUUUUCAGGGAUUUCAAGGGUCGUCGCGCUGGUCUCAUCAAAGCUCUUACUUCCGAUGUUGAAGAUUUCUAUAGCCAAUGUGAUCCUGAGAAAGAGAAUUUGUGCUUGUAUGGCUUUCCAAGUGAGCAGUGGGAAGUAAAUUUACCUGCUGAAGAAGUUCCACCAGAACUUCCUGAGCCUGUGCUAGGCAUUAACUUUGCUAGGGAUGGCAUGCACGAAAAAGAUUGGUUAUCCCUAGUUGCUGUCCAUAGUGAUGCAUGGUUACUUGGUAUUGCCUUCUAUUUCGGAGCCAGAUUUGGGUUUGACAAAGCUGACAGGAAACGCCUUUUCAAUAUGAUCAAUGAACUGCCAACAAUAUUUGAAGUUGUUACUGGUGCUGCAAAGAAACAAGUUAAGGAGAAGUCUUCAGCUUCAAACCACAGCGGCAGCAAAUCCAAGUCCAGCUCUAAAGCACGGGCUCCAGAAUCUCAGGUUAGGCAGUCAAAGCCAUUGCCACCAAAAGACGAGGAUGAAGAACUGGAUGAGCAAGAUGACGAUGAUGAUGAUGAGGAGGAUGAUGAUGAGCAUGGAGAGACCUUGUGUGGGGCUUGUGGUGACCAUUAUGGCACUGAUGAAUUCUGGAUUUGCUGUGACAUCUGUGAGAAGUGGUUUCACGGGAAGUGUGUGAAGAUCACUCCUGCUAGGGCUGAGCAUAUCAAGCAAUACAAGUGCCCAUCAUGCACUAACAAGAGAGUUCGCACUUGACAAUCUUUGUUGGAGUAUUUGCUGAUUAUGUUGUUUUGCUAUUGUUCUUAGAUUUUGCAGUUAAAUGGAUAGUUUCUGUUGGACACGUGUAGGUUUCUUUUCUAGUCUUUAGGAUUCUGCUGUGCUGGUUUAAUUUAUGUCAGCUGCAAUUCAGUUGAUGCCUUGUGUUUGUUCAAUUUGUAGUUUAUGCAGUGAUGACUGGGAAAGUGAAGUUUUUUUUCCUGAAUGUUAAGGGGAAACUAGGGUAAUUAAACAGGAAUUUAUUUGAAAUGAUGUUAUGAUGUUGUUGCUA